GCGGCGGUUGUGAUGCGCCGGGGCGGCGGGCGGCGGCCAAUCAGCGGCCGGCGUGAGGGCGGGCUGUGACGCGGCCGGCGCUCCUCGUGCGGCGGCGGCGGUAAAGGAGCGAGCCCCGCGGCCGGAGCGCCAGCUGCCCGUCGGCCCCGCAGCCGCCGCGCCGCCUGCCCGCCCGCCGGUCCCGGCUGCCCUCGGCCCGCGCCCCCGCCCCGCGCGCCUUCAGCCGCCGCCCGCCGCGCGCAGCCCCCGCCCGGUCAGCGAGCGGCCUCCCGAGGCGGGCGCGCGGCCGGACCCGAGCCUCGUCCUGCGGCCGCGCGGCCGGCAUGAAGACCAAGUUCUGCACCGGGGACGAGGCGGAGCCCUCGCCGCUCGGGCUGCUGCUGGGCUGCGGCGGCGGCGGCGGCAGCGCGGCCCCGGCGCCCGGCGUCAGCGACCUCGAGCCCAAGCCGCCGCUCGCGCUGCCGCCGCCGCCGCCGCCGCCCCCGCCGCCGCCGCCGCCGCCCGCGGCCGACGAGCCGGAGCCCCGCACGCGGCGCCGGGCCUAUCUGUGGUGCAAGGAGUUCCUGCCCGGCGCCUGGCGGGGCCUGCGCGAGGACCAGUUCCACAUCAGUGUCAUCAGGGGCGGCCUCAGUAACAUGCUGUUCGAGUGCUCCCUGCCGGAGACCACGGCCACGGUCGGCGACGAGCCCCGGAAGGUGCUUCUGAGGCUGUACGGGGCGAUCCUGCAGAUGGUGAGGGGCUGGGCUGCUGGGGCGGGGUCCCUCCCGGUUUUAAAUCUCUUGUAAGAUAUCCGC